AGCCCUGCGAGGAGCACGUCCUGGGCAUCAGCCAGCACCUCCCAGCUGCAGAGACCAUGCAGGUGGCUGCCGUUCUCCUGCUGCUCGCCCUGGCGCUGGUGACUCCCAGCUCCUCUGCUGAGCGGAAGUGUGUCCUGACAGGACUUUGGUUCAAUGACCUGGGCUCCAAUAUGACCAUCAAUUCUGUGAACGAAGCAGGCGAAUUCUCCGGCAUGUACCACACGGCAGUGACAGCCACCAGCAGAAAGAUCAGGAUUUCUCCACUGCAGGGAUCCCAGCACCGUGAGAACAACAGCAACCAGCCCACCUUCGGUUUCACUGUCAACUGGAGUUACUCAGGCUCCACCACCGUCUUCGUGGGCCAGUGCUUCGUGGACGAGGACGGGAGGGAAAUUUUGAAGACCAUGUGGCUCCUGCGAGAGCAGGUCGGCAGCCUCGGCGACGACUGGAAAGCCACCAGAGUCGGCAUCAACGUCUUCGUCCGCCGGGCACCGCGCAGGGAGUGAGGAGCCGCGGGCGGUGCUGCCCCCCCGCCGCCGAAGCCCCCUCCACCCCCACCGCCCCCAAUAAAGCUUUGCUGCAAACG